GAACGCUGGGCUCCGGACCGCGGUCGCAACCUCCCCCCGUCGCGAGUUGGCGGCACUGGCGGCUAGCCGUGCAGUCGCACGCACGCGCUCGCGGCUCUUCUUCGACUCGUCGUCACUGACUUUUAUUUAUUUUUUUUUUCUUUGGCGAAGCGAAGCUGCGGGGGAAGAAAAACAAGAAAGGAAGGAAGGAAGCGACCCGAGCGAACACUACCAACUACCUUGUCGCGUCAACUCCGACGUCCAUUCUUGGCUCGGACUGACAAGGCCGCAAGCGACUGACAGCAGCAGCAGCAGGCAGGUACCCGUGCUGCGGACCAUGAGAUGAACGAGGCCUCCCUUCUCACCCACCUUGAAAGCCUUCGCAGAACAGUUCCCCGACCACUCCUCGAAUAAUAAUAAUAGAGAAGUCGCACCUGCACCGCUACACGAACCCCCGACCUGAAACAGUGCCAAAGAAUACGCGCAACCACAAACCAAAAUAAUGCGCCAAACGUGAGCAGGAAGAGCGAGAGCCACAAGAGCCAUAUUACCAGCACCGCCACACAGCAGCGCAGGGCAUGUCUCAGUCGACGAUCCAAACGAACGACCCGGGUGUCGUUGGCCCUCGGGGACCUCAGGACACCGACGCGUUCCUCGAUAAGUCACCAGCCGCGGGGGCGACGUCGGCGGCCGAGGCGUCGCCGAGGGUCGGGGACCGCGGACGAAGCGAGCAGCACCGCGAAAGCAACCACAUUCAGGACCAACAAGAAGGCAUCAGCAGCAGCAGCAGCAGUGAAGUGCCUGCGGGCCACCACCACCAUCAACAGCAGCAGCAGUCGCAGCAGCACCAGCGCACGGACAGUGCGUCCCGCCAGAGCCCCAAGCGGGCCUUCAGGGCGGACGAAGACGACAGAGAACGGCACCACGCGCCGGGACGCAGGCGGCACUUCCGCAGCGAGAGCUGCUCACCGGAAGUGCCGAACCGCAGCAGCAACGGAACCGGAGCGAGCAGUGGCAACAUCGGCAUCAGCAACAACAACGCGCGCGACGACGACACCGCCACCUUCAAGAGCCCCACGCGGUCGCUCAUGGACAGCAGGGUGGGCUUCGUGGUGCCCAUGCGACCCAGGACGCGCAGCAACCCCAAGCCCCCGCCAAACAGAACGUCCCGGGAGUUCGACGCGGUCCGCGAGGUCGAUCAGACGACGACGUCACCGGCCGCCGUCCGACAGCCGUCGUUCGCCGCCAGCAACAAGAGCUCCUCUCUGGAGAGUCCCUCCAGGGGACACCCGCAGCAGGCCUCGACGACCUCCAGGAGCCUGGAAGAGAAACUGCCCUCCUCCUCGUCGCUGCCGCUGACGAUGGUAGCGCCGCUUGUCCCUUCUCCACCGGACCCGGCGACAGCCAAGCUGGCACAAGAGGUCAUCGGCAAGGACCACAAGAUUCUCUCUUCCAAGGAGCGCGAGGUGAUGCUCCGCGAGCUCACAGGCCAGGCGGGCGGCAGCUUCUCCGCCCUCGAAGAGCCCGUGCCGGCGCCGAGGCCCACCACGCUCCGGCAGCGGCGCCUCAUGUUCUCGCACCUGACCGCGUCCGUGGACGUGGACACGCGCGAGAAGCCGUCGACGCCGCCGUGCCUGACCGCGGCGCUGGCUGGCAGUGAGGACAUGCUUUUGUCCGAAGUGUUCAACAACUCGCAGCUCGCUUCCAGCCUCGAGCAACUCACGGGUGUCGCCAGAAAGACUCUCCGGAAGCGGGCGUUCGUACCGCCGCUACAGGCCAUCAGCGCCGCCACCGCCGGCAACGCCGCAGGGCAACGGAGCUCGGAGGCCCUGGACGCGGAGCCCCCUCCGCCGAGCGCGGUCAAGGGCGUGGCGGCCGCUGGUCAGCGAAUGGCUAACGGGCGGGUGGCCAGCGGAACCCCGGACGCCUGCCCGGACGCGCACGUCAAGAUCUGCAUCGAUACCAGCGAGCCCGGCACCGCCACGCCCAAGAACCAGGACGCCGUACAGUUCUUCCCGACGCCCUCCGCCGGCGAGCAGGUCCGCGCGGCGUCCGACGGCAGCGCUGCCGCAAACAACGCGGCGUCGGGUGUCCGCGCGGCGAAGGAGGGCGACGACGUGUCACUGUACGGCACCCCCAAGGAAGAGCUGGGGCCCGGCGGCGGCGCGGGCCUGUCCGAGGCCAAGGCGUCCUUCAUGCGCAACCAGCUGGAGGCCCUGUUCCAGCCGUCCGACAACAAGCUGGCCAUGAAGCUGUUCGGAUCCAAGAAGGCGCUCAUGAAAGAGCGCAUCCGGCAAAAGGCCGCCGGACAUUGGAUCAUUCAUCCGUGCAGCAAUUUCAGGUUUUACUGGGACCUGUGCAUGUUACUGCUCCUGGUGGCGAACCUCAUCGUCCUACCAGUGGCAAUCUCGUUCUUCAACGACGACCUGUCGAUCCGGUGGAUAGCCUUCAACUGCCUCUCGGACACCAUCUUCCUGCUCGACAUCGUCGUCAACUUCCGAACGGGAAUCAUGCACCAGGACAACUCCGAGCAGGUGAUCCUGGAUCCCAAGCUGAUCGCGCACCACUACAUCCGCACCUGGUUCUUCCUGGACCUCAUCAGCUCGAUCCCUCUCGACUACAUAUUCCUCAUCUUCAUCCAGGACUACAGCGACAGCUUCCAGCUGUUGCACGCAGGUCGCGCUCUGCGCAUACUGCGUUUCGCCAAGAUGCUCAGCCUCCUCAGGCUACUCAGGCUGUCGAGGCUCGUCCGAUACGUCAGCCAAUGGGAAGAGGUCUACUUCCUGAAUAUGGCGAGCGUGUUUAUGAAAAUCUUCAACCUGAUCUGCAUGAUGCUUCUUAUUGGUCACUGGAGCGGGUGCCUUCAGUUUCUCGUCCCCAUGCUGCAGGGGUUUCCUUCCAAUUCCUGGGUCGCCAUCAACGAACUUGAGACGAAGUACUGGUUCGAGCAGUACUCGUGGGCCCUGUUCAAGGCCAUGUCCCACAUGCUGUGCAUAGGCUACGGCCGCUUCCCGCCCCAGAGCCUCACGGAUAUGUGGCUCACGCUGCUCAGCAUGAUCAGCGGGGCCACCUGCUACGCACUAUUCCUCGGACACACGACCAACCUCAUACAGUCGCUGGACUCUUCGCGACGGCAGUACCGAGAAAAGUUAAAACAAGUUGAAGAGUACAUGGCUUACCGAAAGCUUCCAAGAGACUUACGACAAGGAAUCACCGACUACUUCGAGCACCGGUACCAAGGGAAAUUCUUCGACGAAGAAGCUAUACUCGGGGAGCUCUCCGAGCGGCUAAGAGAGGACGUAAUCAAUUACAACUGCCGGUCGCUCGUGGCGUCGGUGCCGUUCUUUGCGAACGCGGACCCAAACUUCGUCAACGACGUCGUGACCAAACUCAAGUACGAGGUCUUCCAGCCAGGCGAUAUCAUCAUCAAGGAGGGGACACUCGGGACCAAGAUGUACUUCAUCCAGGAAGGCAUCGUGGACAUUGUGAUGAGCAAUGGAGAGGUGGCCACCAGCCUCUCCGACGGGUCGUACUUUGGAGAGAUUUGCCUGCUGACCAACGCCCGGCGCGUGGCCAGCGUUCGGGCCGAGACCUACUGCAACCUCUUCUCCCUGUCCGUGGAACACUUCAACGCCGUGCUGGACGUGUACCCUGUGAUGCGACGGACCAUGGAGUCCAUCGCCGCCGAGCGGCUCAACAAGAUCGGCAAGAACCCGGACAUCGUGUGCCAGCGUGAAGACCUGCGCGUCGACCUCAGCACAGUCACCGCCCUGCUCCGAUCCGCCCAGGCAGCCCACAACGACGACGAGGAGGAGGACGAAGACGUGGACGGCGGCGACAGCGGCGACGCCAAGGGGGGCGGCCGCGCGCAGGGCGGCAACCGGAGGAAGUACAGCAACCUCCUGGGGGUCCACCGCAGCGGAGGGGGCACCACGAUACCGAGGCCCAAGUCCGAAAGCUGCUUCCACCGCAUGUUCGACAUGGCCAGCGGCGCGGCGGCCCAGACGGCCCUGCCGCGAUCGGGCACCUUCUACGAGAGCCUGACCGGCAUGGGUUCGCAGGGGAACCUGCAGGAAGACUAGGGGGCCGCC